CUUUUGCAAAACCAAAACAGAGCUGGAAAAGUCAAUGAUCCCUCCAUCUUCCCGGACCUCUGCACAUCACACCGGAGAAACCUCAUGCACAUGCUCAAGAACCAUCAACGGGUACAAGACAUCAAGCGGAGAUGCAUAAAGGCUAAAGAAGAACUGUCAGAAAAUUUGCACGUCAGACUGAAGUGGAUCAUGUACAUAGAAAAGAAGUUGUAUGAACUGGACAACAAGCUGAGUAUGCACCGUGAAAAUGUUCGGCGGCUGACUGGGCUCUUGCAGGUGGUUGAGCAGAUUCAUCGUGCUCCUCGUGUUUAUGUUGGGGCCAUCACAGAGGUGGCGCGCCGGCAUGCCUUCUCACAGGCUUUUGUUCAGUGGGCAACAGCACUUAGUGUGGAAAGUAGUGAGGUUUGGCAACGUGAGGUAACUACUAGGAGACAGUUCUUGCAACAAUUCUCGUCGCAUUUCCUCACUAGCCUCUUCCCUGGCUUGGAUGACCUUCCUCCUGACUUUGCAACUCAGCCUCCAGACAAAUUUGAUGACACACUGCCAAAGUUAACAGGAGAAGACAUAGAACAGUUGCGAUCAGUGUUGCCUGAGUUGGCUUCUCUCCUAUUUGUUGGAGAAGUUGUGGCUGUACCACCCUUGCUACAAACAGCUCUAAAUGGGAGACAUACACAAACUCCAAGAAGUAGUGGUACUUUUGUCAAAGAAGGCAGUGGUGAUGUUUAUGCCUCUGCUGUGACCACAGCUAACUCAGCAACCCCACGCAAUACACCAGAUCGUGAUGCAGUUUCUAGAGGGCAACCUGUGCGCCCCUCAUCGCUUUCAAGAGAGCACCAAGAGUCAGAGACAGACACUGAAGAGUUUGAGAAAGUUGGAUGUAGUGCUGGGAGUGAUGGCACUUUUUCUCCUAUGGAGGUUAUGCCAGAGGGUCGAGGAUCUGUGAAAACAAAGCACCACUUCCCAACACAGACAAGUGAUUCUAAACACAUCAAGCUAGAUGGAGGCUCUGCACAGCUACCAGGAACUGCACAGGAGGAGCUAAGGCAGGGGAGUGUAGCUGCAGUGCCCCCCAGAGACCCCCCGCAGAGCCCCGAGUCUGUGGUGACCUCCCAGGAGUUUGUCACGGCUGAAUUCUACAUUGAUGAGUCGAUGCCCUCCAGCUAUACGGAGAGCAAUGGCACGACGGGGACCACGGCUUCCAGCACCUGGCACCCACCACUAGUGAAGACCCACCACGUCAUCACCGCAGAGUUGCAGAAACAGCUAGAGGACAAAGACACUGCCAUUUUUUCGCUACAGAGUGACCUGAACCAGGCAAAGGAUGAAGUGGACAGAUUGCAACAACGACUCAAUGCCUUGGCCUCCCUGGACUGUAAGGAUGCAGUCGUCAGUCUCAAAAGGGAGUUGGCGUCUCUCAGGGGAAAGGUUCGUGAUGAAGGAGCAACCUAUGUCAACUAUAUCUCAGAGUUGUCCUCUCGUCUCCUAGAUGUCUUGUUACAGUGCAAGCUCAGUCCUCACUGCCCCCUGGAAAUGAAAACGAUACAAGUGCAGACGUCAGCGGAGCAAAAUGCAGCAGUCAAUGAGGCUGUCACGUUAGCCAGGGCUGAUAAGGACAAGUUGCAGGAACAGUUGCAGGGAACACUGGACUUGCAGGCCCACAAACUCUCAGAUGCCCACGUGAAAAUUGAA